GAAAUGAGUAUUUUCCCUGCAGAAACGGAAAACGUGAAAAGGAGAUUGGGCCGCCUAACAGUGACAGAACCACCGCAGAAACAGGAUGAUGACGUCAAGAAAAUACAGGCACCUGAAGGUGCAAUGGCGAUUAAGAAGGGCGAUUCUAGGACCUCGGCACUCACUGCUCGGGUUGAACCGAUGGUCCGGUCGGACGUGACAAAAACCGAACACAAUGCGGUUUUCCUGUCGUACCAGUGGGACCACCAGGACAAAGUGCUGCUGCUGCACGAUCGCCUGCAGGAGCGAGGCUACAGCUGCUGGAUGGACAUCAAGCAGAUGGGGGGAGGGGACAGUCUGUACGAGAUGAUGGACAAGGGCAUCAGGGGGGCAAAGGUCGUUGUUAGCUGCGUGACGCCCCCAUACGCCGAGUCCAAGAACUGCCGGGACGAAGUUGCGCUUGCGCGGAACCUGAACACUCCCAUCAUCCCCGUGAUGCUGGAGAAGACAACAUGGCCGCCGCCCGGGCCCAUGUCCAUCCCCUUCGCGCAGCUGCUCUACAUCAACAUGGCCAAAGGUCAGGACGAGGACCCGUGGAAGGGGGCGCUGUUUGAGGAGUUGGUGAGGAUGAUAGAUUCUUUUGUGAAGAGGCCGAAGGCUAAGUGAUUAACCGAAACAACAAUCGGCACAUUUGACUAAUCGCUGACGACAAGUAUCCGCAGGAUCACGUGCCCCUAACUCUCGCGAGUUUACGUUCUGGUGUGAUUGGUCAUCAGUGUUGAUCAAAAAGAAGGCGGCAGUGGUCGUUGAAUUCGAAAUUUGAAAAGGCUGAAGGCAAAAUAAGAUAUGAAUUAAGUUGACCUACAUGAUUAACCGAAGCAACGUUAUCAUCCACUUUAAUUAUCAAUACAAUUAUAGCGUGUAAACUAAUAUCUAGACUGACAGGCUAUUUCUCGUUUGAUAGGGAACUUUGCAAAUAAUGGCAUUUUGUCACAAAAGGUGUACACAUUGAUGGAUGUAGAUAGACAGUGCAAAUAGAUUAUGAAGGGGCUGAUGUCUA